GCCCAGACCAGCGAGCGGAAGAGGCCUGGCGGCUGAGGGAGGUGCGGGGGCAGCCGCAGCUCAAAGCCCCAGACCCUGGGAGAAACCAAAGCCAUCUGAAGGAUUUAGGGUUCCGGAACAGUCGCAGCUGCCGCUGCCUCCUCGCCGCGGUCGCUGACGCCCCCGUCGCCAUCGCCUGAGGACACGGCCCUGAGAGGCCUCUGGGCCUAGGCGCGGCCCGCGGAGCCCGAGGUGUUGCCGCCUCUGCUGCUGUGAGUAAUAGGAGCGCCCUCUCCGCAGACGAUUACACAUUUAAAAUGGAGGAGAUUUCCUUGGCUAACCUGGAUACUAACAAGCUAGAGGCCAUCGCUCAGGAGAUAUAUGUAGACCUGAUAGAGGAUUCUUGUUUGGGAUUCUGCUUUGAGGUGCAUCGGGCAGUCAAGUGUGGCUACUUCUACCUGGAGUUCGCAGAAACUGGUAGCGUGAAGGAUUUUGGCAUUCAGCCAGUGGAAGAUAAAGGAGCCUGCCGCCUCCCACUCUGCUCCCUUCCUGGAGAACCUGGGAAUGGGCCUGAUCAGCAGCUGCAGCGCUCACCUCCAGAAUUCCAGUAGCUGCAACAUGAGAGAGCCUGAGAAUGACCAGCGCAAUAACAUAGACUGGUCCCGUGGCUUGGAGAAGAAAGCUAGGUAGGAAAAAAAUCAGACAAAAAUCACAAUUCCCCUUGAAGAUCCUAUCUUUUAAAAACCCAGAAUGGAGAAUUUAGCAGUUUGGAUCUUUUUUUUUUUUUAAGUGUAUUACUUGGAACGAGCUCUGAAACCUUGGGCAGGAGGAGCUGUACUGCCUGCUCACCAUGCAUUGCAGGCUGAUCUCUAAUUCCACCAGGAUGUGCACAAGGUCUUGAGCUGCCCUCAGUGCACAGAUGAGCAGCUCUGUGCCCAGAAUUCAAAGCCCUUUGGUUCCUUAGCCUGUCUGACCAUCUGAUGUCAAGGGCUUUCUGGAUAACUGACAGUUUGGACAUUAUUGAUGGUCAGGCACUAAUCAGUGAACUUCAGUAGGAGCUCUGUGGCCUUCAAUGAGAAGAAAAGGCCAAACCCACCUGUUUCUGAAACGUCCAGCAUUUACAAGGACUUCAGCUGACUUGGGAACAAGGGCUAGAGUUUGCUGAACAGAGCCCUCUUUCCUAACCCCCACCUGUUGGCAUAGCCCUGACAAAUGGACAACAACUUAGUUGUCCAGACAGGCUGAGGUAAAAUUAUGGUCCCCUGGGGAGGUGACAGGGGCAUCAGCAACUAUGCACGAUCUCUUAUACUGCAAGAGUCAUAUCUGGAUGUAUUAUUCUUGGACACAGUUUGGUGUGGCAGUCAUCUUCCUACUCUAAAUUACUAGUUAUUUAGCCAGCCCAUGGGUCUGACUUGGUCAUUGUGCCACUUGGUCACUCCUGCCUCCCUCCCCAAGGGCAGCACCAAACUAUAGAGAGCAUCAUAGUUUUGUAUGAGGCUGUGGUUUGAAAGCUGAGCCCAAAGGGCACUUCUUCCGGCUGCCCUCAAUAAUGUGAAUGGGUUAGUGCUAGGAGCCAAGGAGCAGGACUGGGUCAUCUUAUUUGACUAUGUGCAGAAUCAUUGAAAACCCUGCUUCUUGGGUUGAGCAGUCACAGAUUUUAUUCGGCUGUGCUGAGCAUCCAGACUCAACACCUCUGCCCCUUAACAGGGGCAGCCCUUUUUACUUGGUCCCCUUGGAUCUUCUCAACAACAGGAGCUGUCCUUUGUUGUUGGAAGUCAGGGCAGGGCUACCACGUUCCCUUGGCUUCAGAGAAUGGGAUGGGGAUGUUGGGAAGCGAGAGCUGCGUAUCAAAACUACUCUCCGCUUUAUUCCUUGACUGAGAGUUGGUGACUUGUAGAGGGGUGGGAGCCCUGAGUUUAGCAGGAACGGUGCUGCUUUAUUUGAAAUGUUUUCUUACCUCAUUCUGUGCCCCAGUAAGGGGCCCAUCCUGCCUUCUGGUUUGGUCCCAUGUUUCUCCUGUCCCUUGCUCUAUUGCCUGUUUGUUGCAGCCCAAGUUCCCAGGUGCUGCCUGCUACCCCGGCUUUCACAUUGACCAAUUUCAGUUCAUCUUUUGAUAACUCCUGUUUCUGAAGCCUAGCCAGUUUUCCUUUUCCUGGCCUCCUGUAGAAGACUCAGAAGAACCUUGCUUAGGUCUCCCUCUGUUGGGAUUGGGGUGGAAAGGUAACUUAAUUUUUGCAUUUGAAAGGCAGUGUCAUGCCUGAGCAUUUCUCCUUUGUAAGACUGCCCUGCUAAUUUUGCCCUCCUGCUGUGGCUUACUUAUGAGGAAUUAUACCUCCCCACCUCCACUUGGACACUGCCUCUCUUAAGACCUAAGCAGAAGAGCAGUAGAAGCUGACCCAUACACACAGGGAUGGAGUUGGUUCUGAUCCCUUUUCUCAACCCCUUGCUGUGCAUGUGUCUUUUGUCCUCCGAGAAGGAACUAUUUAAAUUGUUUGGACCAAUUUGGUUUAUAUGCUCAAGAGGGUUAAGGAAACCUUAGAGAUAAGGUCUCAAGAUUCUGUUUGUUACUGCAUUCUCCUAGAGUUGUCCUGAUAAGAGUUGAGACCUAGUUACAGAUUGGUCUUUAAUCCAAGAAUUGUGAUAAUUUUUAAUAAGUCAAACCUUGUUAGGAGCUAAAAUAAUUUUGAGGCCUAGGUUUUCUUUGCCCUUGACCUUUUGUAGACUACUCCUAAAAAAAAAACCAUUGCUGUCGAGUCAACUACUCCUAAGGGGAUGCAAAAGCAAAGGAGGAUUUCAGUGAGACUCCAGCCUAAUUUCAAGUGAUGUUGUGGAAGCAUGGAAGCAGGUUAAAGGUAAGGGUUCUGGUCCCUUCUUCCUUCAGAGAAGGAGCUCAGAGCAUAACAUUACUAUUUCUGCUCUGACUUUUUCUCAUCCUGGUUGGAGAAGGAAGAAGUGGAAAGUAGUUUUGAGUAAUGAUUUGUUCAUAUUACUUCCCCCUUUGUUUUGUCUCCCCUGCCUCCCCCUCAAAUCAUUUGAGUAUAUUCCCCUGCCCUGCAUGGGUAUGAGGUGGACUUGGUCCAACAGGUGUCCUGAGGGAACAAACUCCUUUAUUUUGGGGGGAGAGAAUGCUCCCUACCAUAUAAUUGAUAGUGGUUAGGAACUUUCCUACUCCCUACCUACCUUCCCUUUGACAGCAGAAUUCCCAUUCUUCCCACCUCGAUUAUGUGUAUCUAUCUCCCUGUAAUCCUAUUGUGUAUCUGAGUGUGUGUGUAUGGGGGGAAGGGGGUUCUUUAUAAAUUUCUGUGGUUUGUGGCUUUUUCUUCUAUACAUUAGUUCCCACCACCGCAUGCCCAGGGGCCAGUGCCUGGCAUUAUAGCAUGCUGGGAUCAUUAGGGGAGGGUAAUGAGGCUUACCACUGACCUUUGUUUUGGAGAUUCUUAUUUUUGCUAAAUAGUCGUUCGUUUACAGAUAACUAACUAAUUGUUGUGUAUUCCCCUUGCCCCUAUGGCUGCUGGUGUAAAUAAACUGCAUCUCCCCAUUGAUAACAGUAAUAAUAAACAGUUAAGCAAAAAUGACUAUUUGAGCUUUGUAUGUUCAUCUUUUAAAAUUGUACAUGUUGUUCAGGCAUUGACAUGGUAAAAUAAAUGUUGAAUCACUAUUGAA